GCUCAGAUCUCCAAAUUUUGCCUAGAGAACAUCUACUGGAUUUUCACACAAGAUCCACUCUCAUGGUGUUCCAACAUCGCAGGGCAAGAAGUGUCUACUGAGUGAACAGACUAGAGAGGGAAAGGGAGAGGAAGAGCUCAGUGUCAUGGGGUCACUGUUGCUCCCAUGAAGCCGUGAGUGUGCAGAGAAUGCAGGAAAUGAUCAAACGCAGCCCAGAAUGCAGCUGCGCUCGCAAACGUUGUGAGAGAGGUCUGGUGCCGUCACAAAGACACGAGUUACGCUUUUAGCUGCGGUUUGGUCUAGAGAUAACCAGUCCCCGCCACUGUUAAACAUGAGUGUUGUUCCAGAACCCCACGAGAAGGUACGUUCGCUCCGGGGCGAGAUGAUUGCGUGCAGAAGUCGGCGCUACCGGCGAAUUAAAGGCAGAAAGUGUUGUGAGUGCGGAUCGUCCCUUUCUCACUGGUACUAUGAGAAAGACGGCCGUCUGUUUUGUAAGAAAGAUUACUGGGCGAAAUUUGGCGAGUUGUGUCAUGGCUGCUCGGAGCCCAUCACCACCGGACUGAUUAUGGUUGCUGGAGAGCAGAAAUAUCACCCAGAAUGCUUUACGUGUCUGAACUGUCGAGCGUUCAUCGGUGACGGAGACACGUACGCUCUGGUGGAGAGAUCCAAACUUUACUGUGGUCACUGUUAUUAUCAGACUAUCGUCACUCCAGUCACUCUGCCGGAUUCUCCAUGCUCCAGAAUUCCUCACACAGUCACACUGGUCUCCAUUCCCGCCUCCACCGAUGGCAAACGUGGACUCUCUGUGUCGAUCGAUCAGGGACCCAGUCCAAACGGCUACAGCCCUGAACACAACCACACCGUCAGAGUGGCACAGGUGGACUCAGAGUGCAUCAGUCCUGAUGUGAAGAACUCUAUUCAUGUUGGUGAUCGAAUCCUAGAAAUCAACGGAACCCCCAUUCAGAACGUUCCUUUAGAUGAGAUUGAUUUGCUCAUUCAGGAAACGAGUCGACUGCUUCAGUUGACUAUCGAACAUGAUCCUCAUGACCCCAGGCCCUCAGAGGAUCAGGUGGACGGCCCCACACCGCUGUCUGAGGGGCCGAGCCCCAUCACACGACCCCCCAGCCAGGACAUCAACAACCUGCGCUCGCGAAUUAUCACGCGUAGCUACAGUAUUGAUAAAUCGCCGUGUUCCAGUAACACGCCGUCACCGCUGUCUAUGAGGAAAGACAUUGGCCGCUCAGAGUCACUGCGAGUCGUGUCAAACCGCACACACAGGAUAUUCCGAGCGUCUGAUCUGAUUCACGGAGAGGUGCUCGGGAAGGGCUGCUUCGGACAGGCCAUAAAGGUGACACAUAGAGAGACAGGUGAGGUGAUGGUGAUGAAGGAGCUCAUUCGAUUUGAUGAAGAAACACAGAGGACCUUCCUCAAAGAGGUGAAGGUGAUGCGAUGUUUAGAUCAUCCUAACGUGCUGAAGUUCAUCGGCGUCCUCUACAAAGACAAACGGCUCAACUUCAUUGCCGAGUACAUCAAAGGAGGAACCCUGAGAGAUAUCAUCAAGAAAAUGGACAGUAAUUAUCCGUGGAAACAGAGAGUGAGUUUCGCCAAGGACAUUGCUUCUGGAAUGGCAUACCUGCACUCCAUGAACAUCAUCCAUCGAGAUCUCAACUCGCACAACUGUCUCGUCAGAGAGAAUAACAGUGUUGUGGUGGCGGACUUCGGUCUGUCUCGUCUCAUGGUGGAGGACAAGCACCAGGACAAACUGUCGUCUGGACAGAUCCCAGGCGUGAAGAAACCCGACCGGAGGAAGAGAUACACUGUGGUGGGUAACCCGUACUGGAUGGCUCCUGAGAUGAUACACGGGAAGAGCUAUGAUGAGCGGGUGGACAUCUUUUCCUUUGGAAUCAUGCUGUGUGAGAUUAUAGGGCGAGUCAACGCUGACCCAGACUACUUGCCCCGGGCGAUGGAUUUUGGGCUGAAUGUGAAGGGGUUUUUGGACGAUUACUGCCCGUCGGACUGCCCUGCCUCUUUCUUCCCCAUGGCGGCGCUGUGCUGUGACCUGGAUGCAGAGAAACGGCCUGCGUUUACUAAGUUGGAGGCAUGGUUGGAGAAUCUAAAGAUGCAUCUGGAGAUGGGUUUGCAUCUGGUGUCAGAGCUGGAGCACAUCCACCGAGACUUCUGGCAGAAGAACUCGCCGGGCAAGAACGGACUGCACACUCACCCGGAGCAGCCUGAGUAGCCCUAGUUAGGGUCCACACUGAUGGUAUUCACUAGAGACAAUGACGGCCCUAUUGAAGGAGGGUGAACAAGGGCGGUGAGCAACCGUGCUGUGGUGUAGUCCACUAGAGGACUUUGAAGACCACUCCCUGCGGCCUGAGCACGUUCAGACGCCAUGCUUCUGGAAAUCCAAGCGUCAAUUCCACCCGCAACCCUGGAUGUCAUAGCGCAACAGCUUGUUUGUGCUGUCUCAGUGUUGCAUCACUGUUCUGCAGGUUAAAUGUUGUGUGUAUCGAAGCUAAAACGUUCGUUAUUGACAUUUGGAUGUGGUGUAUCUGUCUACUGUCACACCAUCGGUUUCAGUUGAAAGACGUUUGUCGGCAACUUUUUGUUUGGAGCUUCACUUGAGUUAAUUUGUUCAAUGUGAAAACAGUUACACAUCACAAACACAGUCAUUGUGUAGAGUGUCAAUCAUCAUGCAUUUGUAAUGGUUUAAAAAAGCUUGUUUGUUUUUGCAAUUGUUUGACAUUUGUCAUUUGGUACUGUUGGUUCCUUCACGUCUCAACAGAGUUAUCGUAAUUACGAGUUUCUGAGUAGUAAAAAAAAAAAAGUUAACGCCUGUCAAAAGUUUGAAAACUCUAAACUUUAUGAGAGCUUCGACUUCUGCCACUUGACUGUUGAACAACCAAAACUGCGAUAUCUGCAGCAAAGGUAGUGGAAAUAGUUUUGUCUCGUAACACGUGAACGCACCAUGUACACAGAGUAUACAAACCGCUGUGUUUGGUCCUACGAGUUGCAUUGCACUAUAGUUCGAAGUUCAUAAUUUGGUACUGUUGGUUUGUUCACAUCUCGACAGAAUUAUUGGAACUACGAGUUUCUGUGUAGUAAAAACUUUUAGGUCUUUUCUUAAGUUUGAAACUCUAAAUUUUCCCAUUUGACCAUUGACAUCAUAGAAAAAAAACCUGAGUUAGUUACAACAAAUAAAGGUAGUCCAGGUACUGUAGUUAUUUCUACUAAUUAUGAUAAUUUUGACUAAAAGUGAACGCACCACGUACAGUAUACCGAGCAAUCAAUUUAUUGUGUUUGGUCAUACGCACUGCAUAGCACUAUUGUCUGACAUUCAUCAUGUGGUAUUGUUAGUUUGUUCACAUCUCAUCAGAAAUAUCAUAAUUACGAAUUUCUGAGUAGGAAAAAUGUUUAGGUCUUUUGUCAGAAAAUUGUAAUUUUAUAAAAGCUUCGACUUAUCCCACAUAUUAAAUGAAUUCACAGAAAAAAACUGUUAGCUACAACAGUUAAAGAUAGUCUAUAUUGUUUCAUCUCGUAAUUACGGUAAUUUUGACGACAAGUGAACGCACCAUGUAUAAAGCGUAUACAAACCGUUGUGUUUGGUUCUGCACACUACAUGGCGCUAUUGUUUGACGUCGUUAUUUUCUAUUGUUGAUUUGUUCACGUCUCUAUGGAAUUAUCGUAACUAUCAGUUUCUGAGUUGUUUAGGCCCUGUCUUAAGUUUGAAAACUCAGAAUGUUAUGAAAGCUUCGACUUUCCCACUUGACCAUUGACGUAUUAUAAAAAUAAAAAAAUGCGUUAGUUACAAUAGUUAAAGGUAGUCGAGGUAGUUUCAUCUCGUAAUUACAAUAAUUACGACAUGACGUGACUGCACCAUGUAAAUAAAGUAUACAAACCGCCGUGUUUGGUCUUACGCACUGCAUAGCAUGGAUAAUGUCUCGUCUUCACGUCCUCACUUUAGGUACACAGCCUCAUCACAUGUAAACCAACAUUGUUGGUUGCACUAUUAUUCCUUACCUGUCCUUUCAAGGCAAAUCCGGGCAUAUCCCUCGGUGAAAAUACCGAAGUAUAGUACAUUCUGUAAAUGUUUAACAUAUUGUAUAUGUGCAGACAUUAUUUUGUAUACUGAUUCCACAUUUGCAUUUUUUUUACUUGCUGAAAUGCAAGACGUCACUGGCGCAGUGAAAAUACUUUGAGUGACUUCCCAUCUGUUUAGAGAAAACACAAAAAACAAGAUAUACAAACUAUGGGUUUCUCCCUCCUGCUUACGUGUCGCUGCUCGCCUCUACGGAUCAGGUUACUUGAUUUAUUGUCCUUUAGUGUACAUCCCUUGACUAUUGCUUGAGAAUCAUUUUACACUUUAGUGUAGAAUUGUCUUGUCUCGUACUUUAUUGUGAACAUACCAAAAUCAACUGCUUGUUGCUUUUGGACGUGCUGCCACUGAUAUGUGAUUUGCAUUCGGUUUCUUCCCUGGCUUGUUGUUAUAUUGUGAUUGGCACUUUCCAAAAAAGGGUUAGAAAUUGGGUCUAAAAGUCAGUACUUGUUUUUAGUUUUUUCUUUUUUUUUUUUUUAAAUUUUUUUUUUUUUUUUUUAAAUUUUUUUUAUAGCAAAGUAUGAGUGAAAGGAGGUACUUAAUCUUAAAAAAAAUAAAAAUAAUUUUGUCCACCUCAUGAGGUCAAACUAAAUGUUGUAUGAGCUGUGAUAUUUUCAGUUCAUUUUCUAUGACAUUUUUGCCCCUUUAGAGGGUAGGGAGGGAAUUUAUUUCCUAAAAUAGUUUGCGUUCCCUCGCAAUUAUUUUGGGUUCCUUUAUAAUACCUUUAUCGACCUUUAAGUAUGGUUUUAAUACAGUAACUAUCGUUCAACCAUGGUAUUUGUUGUAAAACCAUAACACAAUGUACUUUUUUUUUUUUUUUUUUUUUGGGAGAAUUUAAUGUUUUUUUCAUAACAAAAAUCCAUCUGAAUUGAGUAAUCUUUAAUGAAAUACAUUUUUAAAAACUAUAUAUUUUAAGUUCUAUUAAGUUUACUUUUGUUAAACAUUACACAAAUAAAUUUGAUGGAAUUUUGUUAUGAAAUUGAAACGCGUAAGUCUGAAAAAUAGGCUUUUUUUUUGCAAUUUUUUACACCCCAUUUGCCAAAAUUUAGGACAUGCCUGAAUACAGUGUAAACCCCUGAUUAAUGUGAUUUUUUUUUUAUGUUAUUUUAUUUUUUUAUCUUCUGCCAAUGGACAUUGAUUAAACAUGCAAAGUAAAAAAUAAAAUGUAGACAAUUAAAUCUAUGCUAGAAUAUAUAACAGGGUUGCAAGGGCUGUAGAUUUUGCUUGAAUUAAGCAGUAGGGGCUAGCUACUUUGGGACGAAAUGUUGGUUUGUACUUUUUGCUAAAUGUAUAUUUCCUUUUAGUUAAAGAAAUAUAUUUGUUUGUCUUACAAUAUCUUUGGUAACAGGGUUGAAUGCUAGAGAAAAAAAAGUUAAUUUAUUCCCUAUUUGUGGAAAGUGUCGAUUGUCAAGCCUGAUUUUAGAUUCACACAUUGUACAGUUUGAAUCCGGGUCGAUUGUCACUUGGAAACAGUUCAAAUGUGGCAGCAUGGAGCUCAACGAUGAGCACUUGUGUGUUGAAGUUUCACGCAUCUCCCCAUGGGAGUCCUCUUGUUUACUCAAACGCUGCUGUAAAUAUCGUACAGAAAAUGCUUCUCUUCCUGCUUUCACCAGCGGUCACGCUGCAUGUGUAUCUCGUUGACUGUCACGUCCUCCGCUACCAAUCCAGCUCUUAACGAUGAACAAAUGUUAUUAUAAAAUCAAACAGAGCAGGGAAAUGAGUACAGACUGAUAUCAAGAGCCAGUAAAAAGAUAUUAAAAAAAUAUAAAAAUAAAUAAAUAAACAGCCUCUGUUUCUAUCUUUUAGAAUAGAACCACUAUUAUCUCUUUUAUAAAAUGUUUAAAUGAUUUCAUUUGCACUAUGUAAGAAAACAGAUGCCGCUGGAGCCUUUAUGUUUCUUUGGUUUCUUUGGAGAUGUUUGGUUAUUAUAAGAAUGCAAGUCACUGAUGGGGCCUUUUGUGAAGUUUGGCACCUGGGGGCUUGUCUCCAGAGCAGCACACUAAUCAUUAAGAGAAAAGAACCAUCAAUUUCAGUCAAUUUGUAGUUCAGUGUGACUAAAUAUGUUUUGUUCAUUCAUCAUUCGUGAUCAUAUUUGAUACCAAAUUUGAUAUCAAUAAUGUAAGGAUUGUAAAAAAUGAAAUAAGCCAUAUUUUUAUGAAAGCCAUUACUUAGGAUUUAUGUGUCCAAUGUUUAAAAAAAAAAAAAAAACUGAUUGACAAAACGAGCAUUUAUUAUAUGACAAAAAAAAAGUUUACAUCUAAAAACCUUAAAGGUAAGCAUUAAAGUAGACAUGAAAUGAAAUUACACCGCCAAAAAAAAAAAAAAAAACACGAGUAUUUUGUCUUGUUGUCUAGUCAAAUUUUGUACAGUAAACAUUCAAAAAGCAAGAUACAUUUAAUUAUUGGGUAUGGAAGAAACUCAGUUUAAAGGGAAAACAAGUAUAUUUUUCUUUGCCCAUUGGCAAAUGUUUUUUUUUCCUUGUUUGAAGCACAAACCCCACCAAAUUUGGUUAGAUUUCUCUGAAACAAAGACUUAAUAUCUCAUACCAUUCUGCUUCUCAAGUAUUUUUCUUUUUCUUGUUUUAAGGACAUUUUGAUAAUUUUACCGAAUAAUGAGACUAAAAUGCUCAGUUGGAAAUAUUUUUUUGCACAUUUACUUCUUGGUCUUAUUGUGCAUGAUUCAUCAGUACAUGUUAUUCCUAAGAAAACAUGUUUGUCUUUGUAAUCUUUCAUUAAAAUAUAAUAACUUGCUCCUGGCAUCACUUCGGCCACACUGACUAUUGCUUCACAGAAAUAGCUAUUAAAUUUGUUUUGGGCAAAUAUAUAAUAGCAAAUGAAUCACUUUCCACCGUCCAAUCAAUUCCCAAUGGAUACAAUUAAGGAUAUUUUCAUUGAACAUCCUGUUUCGCUCUGAAGUCCAUCACAUUACAGAAGAAAAAACGAUUUCGAAUGCUGUUUCGUGUUGACUUCAAUACUAUUACACAAAUGUCAUUUCAGUAGUGUUCUUUGCAAAUUGCUGCUCAGGAGGUGGACCAGGUGGCCAGACUGCUGCCUACAGAGGGGUCUUUAUGAAAGUUGUUCUGUAGUGUUAUAACUGCUUAAUCAUGUUCACUGUCAUGUAAGGUUGGACCACUGCUGACAUAUACAAAAAGAAAGAGCACUUAAAUGAUGUAGUUGAUGUAGUCCAGCUCAGGGUACCAUUACUGAAAAACCAUCACAACAGUUCUGGAUAUCGCAGAACAAGCAUGAACGCCUGCCUGUAUUUGUUCAUGAGUGAAACGACUGAACGACAUCAAUGUGAAAACAAGUGUUUAGGCAUUGACCCUGAACUUCACCUUGUCCAGUCUCAUGCACGAUUACGCAGAGCAAAUGCCGAAGCAGUUCCUUUCUGGAAACGAUCGUUUUUACCUCUCGACGUUGCUGUGCCUUUGUUUUACGCUAGCCUUGCCAAUGACUUGUAGCAUUUUUUGAGCCUGAUGAGUUGAUUUCAAAUCAUUGCUUCAAUGUUUUAAUGACAUGUACUGUUGUUUCUCUAUAUGUUUAUAUUUUCUGUGUCUACAUUGUCCAUUUUGAUAUUUUUUGUUCACAAUUCUGUCUUGUUUUUCCUGCAAUUCAAUGUUUGUACUGAAACUGUGAAAUUACUCUGCACUUUAAACAUUCUGGCCGUGAACGUUAUAAAUUGAAUGAGUGACCGUAUUUCAGCCCAGAAUAAACUGACGCUCCUGAUGUUACGCUG